GGAUUACUGUUAUGGGAAGUUCCUGAUAUCAGUCCCUCUGUAUAUAGGUUCAGGUCCAUGCACUCUCUACACACAAGUAUUAAGAUUUCAGCCUCAUAAAGAGAAGACUUGAAUCCUAAAGACCGGACCAGUUCAUCAUGGCACUCAAUUCAUUCUCAGCUUCAGAAACCUCAACUCAUCUUCUUCAUCCUCCUCCUCAUCUUCAUCUAAGAAGUCAUCACUAUCCUCUUCCGUAAGGAAAUUGGGGAACUUAUGUUGCUGCUGGUAUUUAUUAAUGGGUUUGGAGCAUUGGUGAUGAUGUCGAUUUCAACGAGGACAGGAAAGAAGGGAAGGAAAAAAAACAAAAACAAAAAAAAAUAGCUCUGCUGCUGGGAGUCGAACCACCAAAUUGUGCUACAGUGGAUUUGUCGUGUAGUAUUGGGAUGAAUACUGAAAGGAUGAAAAUACUUUUGAAAAGUUAACGGGAUUAAUGUUUUUUACUGUUGCUAGGUACGAAUAUUGGGUCGGGCUUAAAUCAUCCAGUCCCAUUUUUAUAUUUUUCAAUCUUCUUUCUUUUAUCACUUAGAAGCUUGGGAGCUUACGGUUUCAUGUUCUAUUUCACUCCUCGAUGGGGGUUCUUUACAAAACAUAAGUAUAAAAGUUAAUAGUUCGGAAAAAUUCAGGCACUGUUUGGGUAAGUACGUCAUAAGUGAUAACUGAGAUCCCCUCGACUCGCCGCAAUGAGUCGGCGUUGGACUGCGAGUUAUACCCUGCUCCCAAAGGCCAAAAAGGGAAAACAAAGCCCAGACGAUUUGUCGGAGGACCAGCUCCGUCAGAUCUACACAUUGGUUCCGGACGCGGGUUUCCUAAUAGGAAAAAAUGAGAGGGAUCAGACCAAAAUGGAAGAGGAUAAGUAUGAUGAAGACAGCGUCAAAGCAAUUUUUUCUGAGCUGCCAGGUUAUGAAGACACGAGUAUGGUACCAAGAUCAUCUUCAGAUUUCUCAGAGCACCAGCUCCGUCAGCUCUUCGACUUGGAUCCGGCACCUGGUCCUGAUGACAUGUUAGAAGAUAAGGAACCUAUAAAAUGGUUUGAGGUGGUUUGUAAGGUGUGUGGUUAUGUUGUGAGUGGCCUCCAGGAGGGUUCUAGCUUGCAGGAUUGUCGUGCCACCCAUGUACAUGCAUCAUGCCACCGCGAUUUUUUGCUUAAACUUCCUACAGGUAUUAAUCAAUGUCAUGAAGACACCAUGAGUAUGGCACCAAGACCAUCAUAUCACUCAGAGGCGGAGCUCCUUCGGAUCUACUUGGUGGAUUCAUACACUACUGGACAUAGGAGGUCUGCUGCGCCUCCUAGUGAGGAGCCUGUAGUGGUUUGGUAUGCAGUGAUUUGUAAGGUCUGUAAGAAGGAUGUAUAUACCACCAAGGAUUAUCCUAGCUUGCAGGAUAAUCCUUGGUUGCAAAAACAUGCUUUGAUGCACAGUGAGUACUUGUCAAUGGAUGGCCCUACAGUACCAGAUAUAGAUCUUGAAGCUUACGAGAACAAGCUGCUGAAAGGGUAUGAUGGAGGCUUUAGCUUGGAUAAAGAUGAUGCAUCUCUGCAGGAGGGAUUUGUAAAGAUUUGUUGGAGGUGUCUGUCUGAAAAUUGUAGCAGGGGUCCGCACAGAUAUGUUAUAUGAUGGAUUGUGUCGACUGUAAUGAAUCUGGUACCCACCUGUCUUGGAAUUGUCCUACAGGAAAUUGGGAAUCUGGACAGCCUACACCGUGCAACCGCUCGGACUGAAAUGAAGGAAUUAGUAAUUAGAACCUUUUAGAGAAUGCAUCUAUAUAUGGGUGCCUGAGUUGCCCCAAGCUGUAUGCAUGGUUUAUUAUGUCUUGUUAACUUGUGAAUAUGAUUUGGUAUAACUUGUGAGAUUGUUGGAGUCAUGUUGACUGAUUGUUCAUUUUUAUCCGGAUGACAAUGUGUCAUUACAUG